AUGGACAGCCCCGAGGAUUCCAAAACAAUAGCAGACUGCCUUACCAAAGAACGAUACCAGAUACCGCAAGUGCCCACGGCCUAUAACAACGGACGGCAGUGGCAUAGCAGAACGCGCCCUGAGCCUGCAUAUCUAGCGCAUCGUCCUCGCCGUCUUCCUGCCCAGCAUGGAGCAGUUGGGAAUGGUCUUCCUCUUCCCCAGAAGUCAGCGUCAGCUUCAGGUUCCGCCCGUCAGGACCCGGAAAGAGAUCGGAUUUCAUACAAGCUCAAAGCGUCACCGCAUUUAGUAGACUUCUUUUCUCCCGAUGAUAGUCUUGUGGCCACAACAUUAGCGGAACUAGUAGCCUCGUCUGAUGCUGGCGAAGAGCCCAUGUCCGAAAUAUCAGCAGCGGUGGUAACCCCAUCUACUUCUGAGGGAGAUCCUGAUCCUGACUCCAAAGGGCCAACCAAAGUCAGUCAAGAAACUGAAUUGCUGUACAUCAGAGAUUGGGAAUCCGCACUUUCUUAUAAGCAUGGUCCCCUCAACGACCAUAAUUAUGUCGCUGUUUCUUCGUCAGCUGCAUUUCUUCCAAACAACCCCAUGAAAUGGCGCCACAGGAUAGAGGAAAGGAACACAAAUCAAAGUUUAUAA